AUGACCUUACGUAACGCCAGUUUGCCCUCUGCGCACCAGCCUCCGCAGUGCACCGCGCGCUCAUCAGCCGCGCGCAAACCCUGUGCGCGUCGUGCGUAUAAACGGCGCAGGUUGUGUUUUUCACGCGCGUUUAAAUUCCCACCCUCAGAGUUCCUGAUUUCACACGAACGCAGCAUCAUGAGCAGCAGAGAGAAGCCGAGGGAGGUGGAGAUGGGGAGGGGAGGGGGGGUGGGGGGGGGGGGAGAAGGGGAUGGGGGGAGGAGGAAAGACCGGAGCGGAUGUGGAUCCGGAGCGGAACACGCACUGGACUAG